AUGGCGGCGGCCGUUGGCGCGGGAUCCUGCUUAUAGUUCCACUGCCUUACCCAUCUGCCUGUGGCAAAAUGUGAAAGGAGAAGCGGCUGGUGGAGGGGGUCCUAGGCAAUGAGUCGGCGAAGGAAACAUGGAGACAGCCCUGGCCUGAAGAACCCGCCGCGGACGGCGGCGGCGGCCGAGGAAUGCAGCUCAGUGGUCGAGCCACGGAAGAGACGGCUGAGGGCGGCCCGCGGCUCGGGGCUCGGCGGGGUCGGAGAGGGGCCGCCACGGGCCCGGCCGCAGCAGGAGCAGCCUCCGGCAGCCGCUGCGUGCAGUAAAAGUCACCCCGAGGAAAGAUAUGAAACACCAAAGCGAUUGCUCAGAAUGGAUUUAUUGUCAUCUACCUUCAGUUCUCCUAAUGAUCCAGAUGGACAGAAUGAUAUCUUUUGGGAUCAAAAUUCUCCAAUGACAAAGCAGUUAGGUAAAGGAAGAAAAAAACAGAUUUACACCACAGAUAACGAUGAGAUCUCACAUAUUGUUAGUCGUAUUGCUCCUCAGGAUGAAAAACCAGCAGCAAACUCCAUGCUGGGCAUGUGGAUUGGUGAAACUGCCAUUCCUUGCACUCCUAAUGUUGCAAAAGGAAAAUCAAGAGCAAAAAUCAGCUGCACAAAGUUAAAAACACAAAGUCGAGAGGAAGAACUUAUGAAAUUGGCUAAGCAAUUUGAUAAAAAUAUGGAAGAGCUAGAUGUGAUUCAAGAGCAAAACAAGAGAAAUCAUGAUUUUACCCAGAUGAUUUCAGAAACAGAGACUUUAAAUAAUUAUGAAGAUAAUGUACAGAUGCGGUUAUUCCAUGAUAGAGUUCUCGAGAUCGAUAAUGCUAUAAUAAGGAAGCCAGUGAACGAAAACACCAAGAUACCUGUGGUAAAUGAUCAAAAUAGCAGUCAGAAGCCAUUUGACCAAAAUGCUGAAGCAGCCUUUAAUGCCAUUUUUGAUGGUUCUACUCAGAAAUGUAGCGGACAGAUAAGCCAAGAUCUGUCAGAUACUUUUUUGAACAUCAGUAAUACCACCUUUGGAAAGAAGAGUGUUUUGAAAGAGGAGAAAAUCAUUACUAACGAAACUCAGGUCACUGAAAAACUGCCAAAUAAAACCCCAGGAUCGCUUUCUUGUCAAGUAGAUAAUCCUGGAAUGAUAAAAUCAUGUGCGACUUCCAGUACUAAGGAACCGGAAGCUUUUAAUAAGCACCUUGAUGCCUUUGCUACCAGUGAUUUUGAGGAUGAUUGGGAAAACUUAUUAAGUAAUGAACUUUUUGUUAUGCAAAAUGGCGAAAUGUCUGAACUUUUCCCUGCUUCUAAAACAACCCAAAUUGUUGAUCGAAGAGGAAUUUGUACCUUUAACAAUAAAAAUGAUAAAAGUAAGUCAAGAACUAAUUCAAGUCUAGAUGCCAGAUUAAAAGAUUCAAAAAUUUUACAAGAUCUUCCUUCAAAGACACAUAACAGUGAAUUAAUAGAUGCUGGAAAAUAUAGAUUUUUGCCAGAUCCAAAUGGUAAACCAAACAAAUUACCAUCCACUGGAAAUAAAAUGAAAUUUGAGAAAUCUUUCAAUAAAAUUGUUGUUCAAGACAAAAUGCAAGAUUGUGCAGCUGCAUUUGAUCUGACAAAAGUCAAGGAAGAUAUUCAUACUAAAUUUCCUUCUAAUGUAAAUGCUUCUGAAAAAAAGUCUACUUUGAACACAGGAUAUUCUAAUGAACAAAAAAAUCAGGCCAUUUUUAAUCAGUCUUUUAAAGCACCUGCUACUAUAGAUCCUUUUGGCUCUGCAGCUUUGGACAAUGAAACCAGUGUUCAUAACCCAAAUCAGACUAAUGCAUCCAAGUUAGAUUCUUUCUUUGAUGAUUGGAGUGAUCCAUCAUUUGCCAAUGAAAUUGUUAAAGCAUGUCACCAAUUAGAGAAUACCUGGGAAGCAGAUGAUGUAGAUGAUGAUUUAUUAUACCAAGCGUGUGAUGAUGUUGAAAGACUAACUCAGCAACAAGACAUUAGAAGAGACAGCAAGACAUCAGAAAGUAUACUUGAGAUCAAUAAUAGUUCCACACACGGAGCUAAAAACAUGUUUACUACAUCUAAACAAAGGAGCCAGUUGAUGCAACGGAAGCAUUUGAAUCUGAAUAGCAUUUCAGUGCAUAUGUCUUCAUCGACAAAUAAUUCACAAAUAAAUAAAUCAAUGAAAAUGGAGAAAAGGGAAAUUUUUGGAAAUUCUCCAGGUUUUCUGGGUGCUACGACAAAUUUGACUAUAUACCCUAAGAACUUGAAUUGUCAGGCCAAUAAUCUCCAUGUCUCUUGGAAUAACACAGAUGUUCCAAUACAAGUGAAUGGUUCCAAAUCAAUUCUUGCAGGAGGUUCAAGUUUCAAUGUGAGUUCAGAUCAUAUGACUACAGAAACUGCUACUUGUAAGAAGAAAUUGAGUUCUAAGCAUCUAUCCCAUAGGACCAUAACAGAUGAAGCGCAGAGUGACCUUAACAGGACAGUUAGAUUUUCUAAGUAUACGUUUACAAAGAUGAAAAAUUCUCAGAUUUGUUCCCAGUUUAAUGAAAAUUGUGUAACAGGAAGUAUUUCUGAUACCAAAAUUAAACAGGAUUUGGAGAAAAAUAAUACUCCUGGCAUCCCAUUAUGUGGGAAGGCUGUUCAGCCGCAAUCUUUGGUGAAACUUUCUGAAUCUUUGAGACAACCUUCAAAAGAGGAAGAAGAGAAAAAUAGAAGGUAUUCUCCUGAAGAAAUUAAGAGAAAAAGACAAGAAGCACUGGUUCGAAGAAUGGCCAGAUCACAGGCAUCAUCUGUAAAGGCAGCUCCCACUUAACUUGAUUUCUUUAAUGAAAUAUUAGUUGGAGGACUUAACAAAGACAGUUGAUAACUAUCUAUGAUAGAAAAUAUUUUUUCUUAGUUUCUCUAUGAGAAAUUUAAUGCUGAGUUAUAAAGCAUGGACUUCUACUUUAUUUGCUAAAUCAGUGUUUGCAGUAGUCAGUGAAACCUUUCCUUGGAGAUGUGUGUGAAAGUAAUUGCGUAUAAGUUUUGGAAAUUCUGCAAAGUUAGCAAUUAUGUGGUAAAAUUAUACACAGGAAAAUAGUUACAUUUUUAAAUACUGUGACAGAGGAUCAUCAAAAAAUAGGUAAUCUAUGUAACUUUUAUUGUAAUAAAUCUUUUCCUAUUACAAAGCUUCGACUUACUAAGUUAAUAGAGACUUUUUGUAAUAGUUUUACUUUCAGUAGCAGUUCCUUGAAGUUUUUAUACAUUUCUAAAUUUUAAUUAAUACUUCCAUAUUCUUAGGAACAUGGUUGGUAGGAAAUAAAGUACUUCAAUUUAUUUGUAAGGAAAUUACUAUUUUCAAUUCCUAGUCUGAAAUAUAUUUGAAUUUUAAUUUUCUAAAACAUGAUACAUUUUGGAAAGUUUCCACCAUUUUUAGGGAAAAUGCUGAUUUAAGAAGUUUGGUUUAGAAAAAAGAAAGUGGAUUGGCUAUAUAAGUAAUGUAACAUCAUCAACACUUAGAACUGUGAGAAACUUUAGAUAUCAUCUGGUUCAGCUUCUUUCUUGUAUAGGUGAGAAAUGAAUACUGUUAUUCUGAAAGUCACAAGGCAAGUUAAAGCUGUGCUAGGAUUAGAAUUUUUUUCAUUCUAACGGAUACUUUGACAAUUGUUUCAUUUGCUUCAGGGUAUUAAUUAGCACAUAAAAUAACUUGUUUGUGGGAGUAUUAAUUAUUUUAUAGUAUAAAACAAAAAAUGUAACUAAAAUUACCUUAAGGACUGUUUAAUAAUAAUGCUCAUUGUUUCUUGUAUUAAAGAAUUAAUCAUUCCAGGAUAUAAAAAUGAGAAUCUUCUAUUUUCAGUUUUCCUAUAACUAUGUAAUUUUACCUUGAUUAAUUUCCUGAUUUUAGUAAUUUGUUCAUCCUAUUGCUCCUUUUUCUUUUUGCCUGUUUGGAAUUUGCUAAGCCAGAAGUAAAAAUCUUAGAGAGCAUAAGGGCAGUAAGGAUGCUUUAUUCAUCCCAAAUGGCUUUAAGAGACCUGACAAAAGUUAUAGAUGCGAAAUACCUAUUAGGGUGUUCACCACUAUUCAGGUAUCUUAGAGCUAUGAUAAUAUCAAAAUAAUUAAUGCAUUUUAAGGUAUUUCCAUAUAGAGAUAUAUCAUUUUGAAUACUGCAUUUUCAUAUAUACAGUGAAAUAACACAUUCCAGGCAACCUUUAUUAUUUGUCUAAGAAUAGAUAAUAAAGAACCUAAAUAAAUACAGGUAAGUUUUAUAUGUAAGACAAUGAAGAACUGAGAAUCUUUAUCUUUUUCUAAAGUGAGUUCACUGUGUUCUUACUAUGCUUUGGGUAUGUCUACCUUUGCUUAAGCUCUUCCCUACCUGCCACUUGCUUCUUCCAGAGUGCCUUUAGCCUGUUCUGUCCAUUCAUUAAGACUCAGCCUAAUACGUCUCAGCUUCUCUGAAACUCAUACCUGACCAUCCUCACUGGAAUUGACUUCUUCUCUCUGAUCAUGGUGGUACUUAUUUCUUGCAUCUUUCAUGGGGCAAUUCAUUAUUCAGUUCUAGUAAUAUUUCUAAAACUUCUCAUUUUGCCAUAUUCUCAUAUAGCCUAUACUGCUGUUUAUUUAAUAGUUGUCUUAAAGUGACCUCUUUCUCUUUAAAACGAUACUUUAUAGUACUUGUGAAUGUUGGGUGGACUAUUGGCCCAGCACAUCUGAACCUGAACAUAAUUGAGUUUCUAGGAUUACUCCUGCUGUUCACACUCUGCCUUCCUAUCCUGAUUCUUCUUCCCUUUCCUGUUGUUGGAAACAGCAGGCAUUGAGUGGACCAUGAAUGAGCAUGCAGAGGUGUAGAUAGUUUCUCUGUCUAGAUAGUGUCUCUUUCCAGUCUCUCUGGAAUCUGUUUCCACACAGGGAAGGAGUAAUUGGUAGCCCUGGCAGUUCUAUUCCAGCUCAAGCUCUGCUGCUGUUUAUGUAUCUCAGGCUGGCUGCAGAAAAACUGAUGCUAAUAAUGCCAUUAUUACAGGAAAAUCUACUGCAGAGUAGAGCCUGUCUAUCAUUAUUCUUUCUUGCUGCAGAUGUGCAACCCCAAUCUCAGGAAAACUUGGGUUGUAUGUUACAGAUACAGUCAGUGGUGGGCAGGCAUGUACCACACUUUGAGAAACACUGCUUAUAUCAUUAUACUCUAUUAUCACAAAUGUUUAAGUUCCUGAGAACAGAGGUACAUUACUUAUCUCUGUCUACCUGAUACUGAUAUUCAGUGGUUACUUAUUAAAUGUUGAAUGAAUUUAGACAAAUUCUAAUGGCAGAGAUUCUUCCUUGCCCUACUUGAAGCAAUUUGACUCUCAUUCGCUGAGCUUCAGGAUUGGAAGAUGUUUCCAAGAACAGUUUAAAUUUAACCUAAUACUGAUUAAUCUAAGUGAUAAUUUAUCUAAAGUCUGACCAUGGUUUUCAGUUCUUGCUGGGAUGUGGUGAACAAAAUCACUUGUGGGACUCAAAAACAAAACAACAUACUUGGGUCCUUGUGCUUCCCUUAGACUUCAUAAAUGAGUACAUCUAGUGGUACAGGGUUCAAAAAAAAUUGUAAUUGCUAAACUUAUUUAACAGUUGCUAAAUGUUUUAUUUACCAUGCAUGGUUUUAAGAAAUUUACGUUAUCUCAUUUAUUUCUCAAAAUAAUCCCAUAAGUAAUGAUUUUAUCACCAUUUUAAAAAUAGGGAAACUGGAGUAUGUGUAUUAAGUGACUUUCUCAAGGUCACACAGUUAUAAAGAAGUUGGAGCUGGACUUUGAACCCAAACAAUCUAAUUCCAAAUAUUGUGAUCUUAACCAUUGAGUAUAUUGUCAUUCAUGGAAACUAUUCCUAAAAACUAGUGGUCUAUGUAAAUUAUCAGUAUGUACAAAAAAGAAUUGUAGCAUUUCAGGCAUGUGUACCAAAAAACUCACUAGAAUCCUAUAGCUUAAUUUUAUAGCUCAGGAGAAUUUUUUUCCAAUCCCAAUUGUUGUUAUAGGUGACUCCUGUACUUUAUGUGUAUGUGAGUGGGUGGGUGGUUAUUGAUUAUAUGAAUCCACAUAGAGGUCAUCUUCUUUUUUCAUUGAACUAUUAAACCAAAAAAUAGAGAAAUGCAUAAAAUGUAUAGCUAUUUAAAAUGUCGUUUUACUUCACUAUUUUAGUAACUUCUGGGUGUUCUGGUCUUAAACCUAUUGGGGAGAACUUAAUUGCC